AUGUCGUCUCGGCACCGCGAACUCGUCGCGAGAUUUGGUGAUUUUCUCGAAGAAAAUGACUUUAAUUCCCGUAUUUCGAUGGACAAGGUGGGGGAGGUGAAGGCCCUUUUUAGCGCCAAGACAAUUCCGGUGGAAAGUGAAAUGGAGGCCACCGCGGAAGCCAUCGCUAUUGACACGGUCCGCCGUCGUGAUGCGCUACGCCGUACAUGCAAUGCAGUGCUUCAGACCCGAGAGCCUGAACAGCUUGUUGAUGUUGGCACCAUAAUGUUUGACGAGGAGGAACGAUUGGCUUGGAAGUUUCUCAUCGGAGCCCUGACCGCAAAAAAAUCUGAGAUUCUUCCCGUCAUUGAGGCGGAACUACUCUGUGUGGCGGUGGACUAUCACUAUGCCACCUCACGGCCAGAGUUGUGCGACAUAUUCGUCCACCUGAGCGCAAGUGAAAUGUUCUUCAUUGAUGGUGAUUCGCUUUUUAUGGCUGCAAUUUCCCAGCAACGCGUCGACUGGGACCUUAUUCAACCAUUACAUGUCAUGUAUAACGCACAAAAGCUACUACAUGAUAUGCAGAGCCGUGGAGCCAAUUUUCAAGUUGUCUUUUUUGACAGUCUCUUGUGGAUAUGGGAGUCGGCACCAACAAAACUCUUUAUGCGUGAAAAUUUGCGUCAAGGGCUGAUGGCUCUUGCGAAAAGUGACGCGAAGUCUGCUCUGUCCGUCAGCAACUUUUCCAGCUACUAUGCAGAGGAGUUUGAGGCCCACGUCAGGCAGUGGGAACCGGAGUUUAUUUUAAUCUCUGAUGGAGAACAGCUGGGCUCGCUCACUCCACUACAAGCCUUUUUUGUGGCCUCCACCACGGCAAAUAACACUUGUGAAACAAAACAGAAAGCGGGUGACUAUGACGACGAGGAGAAUCCGUACCGCCUCAAGCGAGCCUACCGGAGUAUUGUGGAAGAUGAGGCAGUCGGUAACAAGGCGGCUAUGUACUAUCGCUGCAUGCACAUUUGGGCGGCGACACGACGACUGAAGGUGGGCUACUCCUCCCGUAUAAUGUACAAGGAAAACGCUAUGAUUGUUUUCACAGUCCGCGUAGACGGUGUGGGGUUUGAGCGUGCAGUGACCAUUGAACAUGAUGUGCAGGUGUUGGCACAGUCAAUGGAACGCGAGGUACAACUUCCAGUUAUUUCAUCUGAAUCUUUGGAGUUGUUGGAAGAGGAAGAAUUGUGUUACCGUGAACGGGUAGUGUAUGCCGCACUACACGCCUACUUGCGGGCCAGUGCCAGGAGUGAAGAGGAGAAGCAGCUUUGCCAGACGCUUGCCCUUACAACCUACGUUGCAUGUUAUUUGAAUGAAAAGUGUCGGGCACAGCGGGUUCGACCAAACACCAUCCUUGCAGAUUUCUUGAAACAGAUGUCACCUUUCCUCCUUGCCGUAAUGCGUCACGCUGGGUGUAGAAACACUAAUGGACAGGUGUUUGACAUUAUUGAUGGUCACCUGUUUUGUGUCAUUUCUCAACAACUGCGUACAACAGCAGUGUGUGAGUUGCUUGACGAGUACGGUGUUGAAGACGUGGUGUCCAUCUGGGGUGCUGUAAACAAUGAAGACGGUUCGUACAUCACCAAUGAACCAUUUUUGAAAUUACCAGUCAUUCAACCCCUUGACGCGGACGAGCUACAAUCGUAUUCGCUCUUCACUCAUGAGUUAGUGGAGCGACUCGCAAAGGGGUUUGGUGUUUCUGCGCAUCGUGCAGAUAAGCCGUAUCCGAGCGGGUACGGUGCCGCCAACGAACUCGCCGGAUGGGAUAUCACAACACCGUUUGACGCUUUCAAUGAUGUAACAGAUGCUGAGGGAGAGGCGAUUGCGAAAAGCAUGAUGACUGAUAGAGAAGCCAAAAGGCAGCAGGAGCAUCAAGAAAAGUUUGCACGUAACGCCUUUAAGCAGGCAGAGUCAAUGGGAAUUGGUGGUUUUGCAGCGCAGGAGCUAGUCCAGGUUCUUUCUGACAAUGAGAAGGAUACCGAGACUGGCGGUAACGGUGCUAAUCCUAGAAAUGCUGGAGGCAAAAAGACGACCAAAGAGCACGCGGGGCAACGGAAUAAGAAGGACCGGAAGAAGGAGGAUGAAAUUCGUGAGGACACGAAUGUCGUCAAUGCCACUUCCACUGUGAAGGAAUGGUGUAAGCAAAUGGAUCGCCUGUUGCGCAGCGUGGACACGAGUCAUGGACGCACCACCAACAGAGAUCGUGACGAGGCGAUCAGCACCAUUCAGGCAGCCCUCAAACGCCUCUCGCAGGAAAGAUUUGGCAGAUUUUUUGACCCUGGCUGCACACUUGGCGACUCUACAAACACGGCAAUUCCUCUUAAACUUGAGAUGUGGCGUUUGCUUGUGGGUGCCAGCCAGCUUCGGGAGGUGGAGUUUGCCUUUGCCACUGAGGACCCCGCACUGAAGGAUAACAAGGUCACUGCCAAGAAGACGGAUGUUAAGUCUGUUUCUAAGCUGUUGCACGGUUUCCAUGUCAUUACACAACUUGUAGAAUGGGAGAGUAGCAAGGGAGGUAAAUGGGGGCAACUGGAACCAUUGCGGAAGGCAAAGCCUGAUAUGACGACGGUAGAGGCUGGUUCGUAUUUGCGUUGGGUUUAUCUCUCAUUUGUAGAGUUACACAUCCAGCUGAAGCUGAAGUGCCGUGUUGUGAAACUUCUACUUGAAAACUGGCGAGCAGAGCGAGAGCGCGCACGCCUGGACCAGGAAUCGCCACGAGUUGCUCUUGGUAUUCCUCUCUUUGUGUACUGUCACCAUAAGGUGUUGGCCGUGAUUCGCGAUGAGGGACUGCGAAUAUCGUCUGAGGAUAUUGACACAGUGCGGUCUGCCCUCAGGCACUUUGACCUUCCAGAUUCCUACUACAAUAAGCUUGACCAGGCUAUUGCACGUUGGCAGAGCAUGACGCUUGGAACUCUCCUACCAAGUCUUCUUCCACCGGAAAAGCAACUUUUUGAAACUCCUGAAAUGCUGCAAUUAAUUCACAUGGGACACUUACUAGAACGCCCUCUCGUGCGGAAGCAUGACUACCGUGUUGCUUUCAAUCCAGAUAAUUGGCAGCGAGAGCUUUUGGACAUCGUUGAUGGCCGCGGCAGUGCGGUGGUGUGUGCCCCCACCUCUGCUGGUAAAACUUUUAUUUCAUACUAUUGUAUGUAUAGGGCCCUACGGAGCUCAAAUAAAAAGGUUGUUGUCUAUCUUGCCCCGGCACGUGCGCUGAUAAAUCAGGCGGUGGCUGAUGUCUGCGCCCGUUAUGGAUCGAAACAGUAUAAGAAUCCUGGCCGACACAUUUAUGGUGUGCUUGGUGGUGCGGAUUACCAUCAAUUCCAUGACAGCUGUCAGGUGCUCCUUACCGUCCCUGAAACAUUUGAGACGAUGCUCUUGUCGCCCAAAUACAAGGAAUGGGUGGAGUUGCUCGACUACGUUAUCCUGGACGAGAUUCAUUCGAUGGAAAGCAAUGGGAACGGUGAUGUAUGGGAGCGCAUCUUGGCCCUUCUUCCCUGUCCUUUUGUUGCCCUCUCCGCUACACUGGGUGAGACGCAGCAGUUGUGCAGUUGGCUCAAUCGUGUCCAGGGACGUUUGAAGGAGCAAACGGAGGAGGAAUCAGGCAAGAUGCGCGACUUUGAGGUUCAUGUUUUGCCCCGGGAGGGGAAAAGUAUUCAACGGUGGAAUGACAUCAAAAAGUAUAUUUACCUUCCGCCUCCUGGAGCCCAAUUGACACACAAAAAAAUAAAGGCUCAGUACGACAAUCGAUAUAUUCGUGAUCUUCAUCCGCUAUCUAUCCUCACCACAGAUCAGCUUCAACGUGGGUUUCCCCCAGAUAUUUCGCUCGUGCCAAGUGAAGUGGUUUCUCUCUUCGAGAAGAUGAAUUCAACCUUCAAUGAAGUUGUCUUGCCUAAAUGGUUUUCCUUGCAGCUAGUACAAAACAUGCGUGCACAGCUAUUCUUGCUUGAGCCUGGCAAAUAUUUUGAGACGGAGACGUACAUCACGCAGGAGCGUGCGCGGCAGUACGAGGCGGAGGUAAAAAAUGCCUUUGCGUACUGGGCCGUAUUGGGCCAUGAAGGCUGUGAAUCCCCGGACGGCCUUACAUUGGAAGAGUGGCAUGAAUUUAGUGCAACCAUGAGUACGGUGGCGGAGGGUAUUCUACGUGCUUUUGCCCAAAAACUGAACGAGGAUGAAGUGAUACUUGAGCGUUGUGCGGCCGAGGCUAUGGAAAAGAAGAAGCGGUUGCUGCUUCAACAACACAGUCAGCAGGAGGAGGAAAAGGAACCCAACAAGGAAGAGGAAGCGCAGGGGAAGGAUGAGGAGGAUACGCUGACGCCUAUCUCCUUCCCAGGAUCGCGGCAGUUUAUUCGUGAACACAUAUUAAAUGUGUUGCGCGAACUAAUUGCGCGCGAUAUGGGUCCAAUAAUUGUUUUCAGCUUUGAAUCAGAAGACUGCGGAGAUAUCGUAAAGUACGUUGUGGAGCAACUUGAAGAAGCCGAGUUACGUUACAGGAAAACACAGGAAUUUGCAGCAUACAAGACCCGCAUAGAACGCGCCGCUGCCGCACAAGAUGCAAGAAGGAAGCAGCGUGAAUCAACGCUUAAGCAGAAGCGUUUGACAACAGGGGAUGAUGGUAAGGUGGAACUGGCCGAUCGUGGUGCGAGUGAUGGUGAAGGCGAGGAUGAACUAUAUGUUGUCCCAGAUAUUCUUCCAGAGUUCACAUUUCUCGGUGACAAGUGCACAGUGGAGGCUGGCGUGGUAAACUCACUUCUGGAAGAUUGCGAGGAUGAAGGGGAGGAUCUCCUCCUUCGCGCCUUAAAACGUGGUAUUGGCAUGCACCAUGCUGGUGUGAAGGGUAAGCUCCGAGCCCACGUUGAGCGUCUCUUCCGUGGGCGCCACUGCGGUGUUAUAUUUUCUACAGAAACCUUGGCGUUGGGUAUUCACAGUCCUUGCCGCUCUGUUGUCUUGGCAGGAGAUCAUAUCCUUCUUAACCCCACUCAAUUUCGCCAAAUGAUGGGCCGUGCAGGACGACGUGGUCUUGAUUAUUUGGGGCAUUUGGUGUUUCUGGGCAUCACUAUGCGUCGUAUCAAGCGGCUUAUGACGAGCGUCAUGACAGUCAUCAAAGGAAAUGUACAGAUGGACCCCAUGUCCAAUCUUCGUUUGCUUCAACUUUACGAUUUCAAGAUGCUUCGUCAGCUUAAAGACGAUGUAGUAUGGAAGAAACACGUGUUUAAACUGGCAGAACGCUUAUUUGUAAAUCCACUCUUCUUUCAAGGGCGUGAUUCUGUUGAAGGAGGCAAUAUGGAGAGUUUUACAGUGGAGAUGUUGCAGAUGCUGUUGGGCUUCUUCCAACACGAGGGAUUACACUUCAGUGACCAUACUUCUUCGCUAGGUUCAUUGUUACAAGAUGUCAUGUACGUUUUUCGGGAGGCGCAUGUGGGUAAUGAAGGUUUUGCCUUUAUUCACAUGCUUACAUCGGGCGCAUUUGACAAGGCACAUUACCCACCUGUGUAUGAUAAGAAACUCAACAGUGGUGUCGUGGACGAGCCUGUCGCCGAGCUCCUUGCAUACCUUUUUUCCACACAUCACAGAUGCGGUGUGCCGCUAGAGAUGCAUCGUUCUGCUCUUCUUGACCCCGCUGUGAGGGUACUGUGGGAAGGCAAAACAGUUUCCACGCAACACCGAGUAGUGCUUUCUCCCAUUGAGGUUUGUUCUCCCAUUGUAUCUGCGCUGGAUAACACUGAAUUUUUUGCGUUGCUCUCGGCCUUUUACAAUUACUUGGCAUCUCAUUUGCCGCCGCAGAGCGGUAAAGAACUUCGCCUUCCUUGCAUGAAUAACACCGAUGAAGCGUGCCUUAUUUUUGAUAAUGUGCACUUUGAAUGUCCGCUCAAAGAAAAACUUCAAGAAUCGGCUGUUCCAUAUAGCGCCCGAUCCCCGUUUGUUGCCAUAAGCGGUUGUGGCGACUUUUUCUCUUCCAUCGAUGAGGUAACAUUUACCCUGCGCGAUGGCCUGUACUGUGAUCGACGACUGCUACCUAUCCUCGAUGUGGUGGAUGGUUGGCGGCACGAUGGGGCGCAAAUUCUCAUCAGCGCCUGUCUUUUGGACUUUCUUCGUGCAACCGCACAGAUUGACACAACACGGAAAAAUUAUCGCUUCACACUUCUGGAGGAGUUGAACGGCCUCUCUCAGUCCCUUUCCUACGACGUGCUGAACAGGGCUGAGAAGGUUCUUUCCAACCUGGCUGGUUUGGUACGAAAAACUAGCCUGCCGGCUGCGAAGGGGUUGACGGCUAUCAUGCCUGAAAAAUCAGAGCAGGGCAUUUUCAUGGCAGGGGGACCCCGUGUGCUGGGGGUCGCGGAACGCCUGAAUUCACUUCAGCCACAAAUUCAGAAACGCCUCACAGAGCAGUUGCGUGCGGCAAAAUGGGCGAAGAUGAAAAAAUGA